AAUCUCAGCUUCAAUAAAAUCCCAACUAUUGAAGUGAUAUAAAGAUCGUGUAACCAUGUCGACGGACAUGGACCCAGUCCCGGGUCUUCCUUUACUUACCACUCUUUUUUGUAAUUCAACAACUGUGAAGAAAAAAGUGAAGAUAAGCUGUGAUUUUCCUGAUGAACUCUACACAAAGAAAGCAUUUUACGGAGGACCAAUUGGAGCUGGACUCUCCGCAAUUGAAGUUUCAAUCAUCGCAGUUUUCUUUCUGCUUUCUUUGAAAAUGAAGCGUGAUAUCACGAAGGUCUUUCUGACUAUUGUCUACAUUCCACUUGGACUGUCAUCUCUGUUCAAGAUUGCACUGGCUAUCUACAGUAUCAUGCUUGGAGCUUAUGGAUGGUGGUACAUGGUUUUUCUGAUGUUCUUCAACUGGUUUUACACUACAGCAGUCCUCACUACAUCCAUUGGAUCUGUGAUUUUUCUCUCGGCGUUGAUUGUAAUUGCAAGGAAAAGACAAAACUUUAAUCCUUGUGAUUCAUGGACAUCUUACUUUGCUGUGCUCUUCUUUGCUGCUAUACUCUCUGGUUCAUAUCAUUUCAUCGCAUCCCAAUGGAACCCACUUCCUGCUUCUGCACUGUUUUUUACCUACCUUUUGUGCACAGUGGGAAUCAUUGCCGAGCUUCUAGUGUGCUUGUGUGUUGGAUUAAUGUGCAAACCAAAACCAGCAGCCGGAACAAACAUGGCAGUUCUGACUGGUGAUCCAGUUGUCGAUGAUGCACGUAGCCGUCUUGGUUUUGGAGCAGCUGCUGUAAUUGUAAUGAAUAUUCCUCAAUGGUUUGAGUUUUAUGUGAAAAUCGCCGAACUUUUCGCGCCAUACCUUUGGAACUCGGACGAUGAAAAAACUGUAUACUACACUGCACUGGCAAUUCAACUUCUGACAUUUGACACUGUUCGUUUGUUCAUGAGCCUGUUCAUGCUAGUUGCCUUCUUCCUAACCGUUUCAUCAAGAUUUGCCAUUGAUCAAUGGAUUCGUCGUCAACAUCACCCAACUGGAAAUCCAACCGCCACACAGAACAAGGUCUUCAUCGCAACCCAAAAUCAACCAUUGCUAAUGGAUACCGGAGAGAAAAAGAGUCCACCACCACCAACACCUCCAAAUCCUCCAGUUAAUCAUGCUAUUGCUCCAGUCGCUCAACAUCCUCAACCCAUGCCAAUUCCCCACCAAGUACCUUCGCCAGCUCAUGGUGCAGCUCAUGGUCAUCCACAAGCUCCACCAAUGUAUCCUGGAAUCGGAUUCGCUCCUGGUAUGCUUCAACUUCCACAAAACAUGCAAACAACAAUUGUCUAUACUCCAUCAAUGGCAUAUGAUAACGGACAUCCUGCAGCUCAAGUGAACUAAGAGCUUAAGAGUUUUAAGUUAAUUUGAAUUUUUCAUUUUCACUAAAUAAACUCCCUGUUAAC